AUGCAGGAUGUUUGGUCAAAAAGAAUUGUAGUCGGUAAGUCAUUAACUGUCUAUUAUUUGCAAAGUGAAUCUGAAAAAUGCCAUAAUUUGUUUGGAAAAAGCAAAAAGUCGAAGGAUUUCAAGUUUGCUAGUCAUCUCUUCUUGGUGAAAGAGAAUGAUGUAUUGGUCUUCGGAAUGGAAUGUAUAGUCUACAAAAGAUUGAACAAGAGCAUCAUCUUUGUUGCUAAAGUAGAUUCUAGUGGAUUAGGGACGCACCCGGCUUCUUCUAGUGGUCUCGCAGCCUCUGCUAUAGAGACAGUGAUUGAUACUCAAUACAAGGAGGGUGCUGUAGAGGUCGAAGUGACUUUAUUCGCUAUUUCUCAAGGUCAAUAUCUCUUCCCAGAAUCUUCUGAAAACGGCCACAAGCGUGUUUUGUCAGAUUCCGGCCUUUUACACUGGUGGGUCAAAUGUCUAGAAAUGAUACGGAAAGACUACAAUCCUGACGAAGAACAAAUCAAUGAAGCAAAAGAAAAGAAAAGUUCAGCGGAAAUUUCGUCCCCUGUAACGGAUAAGCAUUUGGCAUAUAUGUUUGUGCCUGGACUUCCAUCUCUUCGAUCCUAUCUCCCAAAUAGCUUUUGGAAACAAGGAACGGCUAUACAACAAGGAAAAGCCGUAGACAUGAUUCCGCGAUAUCCAGAUGAUCCUAAGGCCAGAUACCUUUAUGAACUUCAAGAUCAACGAAGCGAAAUGAGUGUCGCCGAAUUUUGGGAUACCUUAUCGUUUCGCCAAGAGUGUUGCUCAGGAAAGUUGGUUGGUUUCUACAGUUUGAUUUUACCAAGACGUCUCGAAAAAGCCGAAUUCCCUGGAAACAAGACUUCUGGUUUUGGUCUUGUUUUACCUCCUAAACUAUAUCGGAUUAUUUAUGAUUCUCUAAUAAAACAUUCUUUUCGUUCUCCUUCGAUUGCCUCUCAAUCUACAAAAACCUUUUUAGACGAAACUAUUGCAGCUAUACAAAGGGUGGAUGGCUUUACUAUGGAAAAGGUUGCCCAAACGAUUGACGGAAAUGCCCAACCCGCUCCUCCCAAAAAGCGAGAACCGGAGCUUUCUCAAACGCUGAACGUGCUACAACCUAGAAAGAAGAAAAAAUAG